GUGGACACACACACACACACACACACUGACCGGGUGCAGCUCUCCGAUCACCAUGCCGAGGGCCAUCUCUCUGGCGUCACUGGAGUGUCCGACGUCCUCGAAGCUCUCGGUGGCGUUUCCUCCGGCCUGCUCCCUCAGCACCUCCUCUCCUCCCGGGUGCUGCGCGAGGAAACGACCCGACACAUUACAAAUGGAUCUUCAUAUGGAAACAGACGAGUCCUGCCAAGGAUUCACUUUGUCCCCGAGUGAACCAUGACGCCGUCCGGGUUAACUAUUGGUCAACACGCCCUCAACCUGGAGCGAAUCACCGGCCCCGAUCGAGGUGAUGGGUCAAAGCAGGAUGAGUGGUGUCCAGCGGUCACUGUUCUUCCUCGGCCUUCCCGACCUGAAGGAGCUGGUCUGCGUCACUCUGAGUCUGCAGGACGACGAGGAUCCGAGGGGCAAACAGAUUCACAUCUGCAGAGAGCUGGUGCUGCUGUUCACGGACGUCCUGGCCUCGCCCGCUCUGGACUCCUUCACUCACAUCACAGUGGUCGUGGCCAUCCAGUUUCUCCAGAGCGGCGCCCUCCGGGCGUUCGGACACAGACGUCGUCUGCAGCUGGGCUCUCCUCAGUGUGUGUUUCCAGGUGACCUGCAGUGUUGUCUGUCCUACUCUCUGAUCACCAGACUGGCUCCCAGCUGGAACAAAGCAGGACUCUACCUCGUCUCUGGAAAGGGCUUCCUGGCGGAGAGGGGGAGGCUGAACGCCGUCAGCAUGGAGCUGAGCACCAGUGAGGGUCAACUGUGCUUCAGCAUCGACCCCAGCAGCGUCAGACUGCCGCCAACCACCCUGGAGGACUUUAACCUCCCUCCAUUAGCUCUGCGGAGGUUCUGCAGUGAUCGCGACUCCGUCCUCGACCCCGCCUCCUCGGGGGGAACCACCUGGUGUCACGUCCUGCCCAGCAUGAAGAAAGGUCAGAUAAUCACCAUCAGCCGUCGCCUGCCACGAGACGGACCCUUCAGGACCUACGCAGACCUGCAGAGCCACUGGAACCGCCUGUACGGGUACCGACUCCCUGAGCUCGCAGAGGAGGAGGUGGUGUACUGCAGCGUUUACUUCAGACUGGUGGGAGAGAGACUCUUCACCUAUCCUCUGAGCUGCAUCCGCCUGCAGCCGCCGCAGUGCUGCCCACGGGCCGACCUGCAGGGGGCGCUGCUCUCCUUCCUGUCUGACGUCAGGGACCGAGUGCAGAGUGUGUGUGGCUUUCCUGCACGCCUGACCAGGAAACCCCUCACGGCCAGUCUCAACAGUGCAGCAUCAGCACAGGUGCUGAGUGAUGAUGAACAGCUCCCCGCUCCUCCUCCUCCUCCCCGACCUGUGAGGCCCUCCCGUGGUUCGCAGCCACCGGCAUGGACCCCCCUCUCCCAGCAGGUCGAAGCUCAGGGGCUUCUGGGUAAUGGAGGCCGAUUUGGGAGCCGUCUGACUCAAAGUCAGGGGUGUCGAGGAGUCAGAGCCUGGCCUUCAUCAUCUUCAUCCUCCUCACAUGUUUCUAUUUCCUUUCCUGAUCCCUCGGAUCAACAGUCAGCCCCCUCCCUCUCCUCUUCCUUCUCCUCUUCCUCUUUUGUCCGACACUUCCAGUCAGCCUCAUCCCUCACCUCCUCCUCAGUCCUGCCCCCCCCUCCUCCUCCUCCCCCGACUCAAACCUCGAUGAAUGCUGCUCCCAGACUGGUUCCCAUCUUCAAGAACAAGCAGCCAUCGCGCCACGUGAACGUCGCCCUGCUGCGGGUCCAGAGGACGGAGGAAGAGGAGGGGAGGAGGAGGCUGACCCUACCGCCCUCCAGGAAGAACAGACCAACUUCCUCUCCUCUUCCUCUUCCAGACUCCUCCUCCUCUUCUUCUCUUGCAUCCCUUCCAAUUCCCCCUCCGCCGAUCAUUCCUCGCUUCAACUGUCGCCGCGGGCCUCACAGCGGCGCCACCCCUACGCGGCCAGCUCGCCCCAAAAUCAGGCGCAUGUCCAGCCUCAGUCCCGCGUCCAAGUCGGGACCCGGGCUCCUCCUCCUCCUCGCUCCAAACACAGAGAUGAAGCACGGACGAGCAAAGUCCGGCUCCAAAACCCAUGUGAAAUUCGGCACUGUUAGCGAAUCCGUCACUGAUUCCGGACGCAAGUUGCAGGAGAAAGCAACAGAACAACCGUCAGCUGCUCUGCCCGAGACUCCUCCACCUCCUCCACCUCCGACCUCCUGCGACAAGGACACGACCUCCACCAGCGGCGGAGCGGGAGUUGUGUUCGAAUGCAAGCCGAAGAAAUCCAGAGUCGCUGUGCGAGACGUCGAUGUGGAGAAAAUGGCCAGAAGCAACCAGUUGUUCAGGGUGAACUCUGCGACGCUGCUGGUCUGGUUGAGAGGACGAGGAGUGAGCGUCAGCGGCAAACACAAGAAGGACGAGCUGAUGCUGAAGGUCAUGGGCUGUCUGGCCGAGGCCUGACACACACACACACACACACACACACACACUUUGAGGGAUUAGCGCUGUGCUGAGGCUUUGAUCUGUUUAGUUCUGUUUGAAAGAGAUUUCCUCUUCUCAGAGAAACACACGUUAAAAAACCUUGAACACAGUUUGUUGUGUCGUACAGGAGGUUGUUUUGAAUUCAGUCAGAUGUCUUCAUACAUCUGUAUUCUACCAUACAGUGUUUAUUCAGAAGUGUUGUUACUGGAACUGUUGUAAAGUCUAUUUUAUUCAGUAAAACCUGAGGUCAGUACUUCA